AUGCUAAUAGUCAUGGCCACAAACACCUACGAGACAAAAUCCCGCCACAUUGACAGCAGUCAUGUCGACAAGACGGCCAACAGCAUUACGACUCAACUGAGUGUUUUCGAUUUGAUACCACCCAGAGUAUACAUCAAGUUUAUUGUUUAUCUACCACUACAGCCAAAAGUCAGCUUUGAACGAGCAUUUGCGCAUCUGCAGGCGGGGCUUCGCGAAACCCUUCAACAAUUUCCCUUUCUCAACGGCCGUAUCUUCCCCAGAGAUGAGCGUGAGCCCGGCUGGCGACCUGGACAUAUUGUAGCCUCUUAUAGUCCUUCCGGCUCUAACAAGGAGGACAGCCCUCGACAGCUCAUUUUUAAAGAUCUCUCAAAAACAUUACCUGACUUUGAAGACCUUCGAGAUGCAGGCUUCGAAUUUUCCGCCUUCGAGGAUGAGCUCGUUCUUUCGGCUCCAUUUGUGCCAGAUCUCACAGGCGGCGCUGAUGUCUUUUUAGCCCAGGCAAAUUUUGUCAACGGUGGCUGCAUCCUGGCAACUGGAUUCCACCACUCUGCCAGUGACGCUACGGGCAUGGUUACAGCAAUGAGAGCAUGGGCAGAACACUGCAGAAGCUUAGGUCAAUCUGAUGCCAACAUUUGCAGCUGGAUUACCCCAGAAAGCUUUGAUCGGAAUCUUCUCGAACGGUUGUGGAGCAAAACGCCAGCCAAACCUGUUUCUGAGAUCCCCCGCGACACUUGGGGUUUCCUAGGGUUUCAGCCUCCAGACGCGGAGGAUGAGGUCCCAACGAGUACGACCUCGCCAUCAGCCCCUAGUCGGACUAUGGAGUCAAGCAUUUUUUACAUUUCACCGGAGAACUUUAAGAAACUGAAGCAAGAAGUCCUUGGUGAUGGACAAAACGGCACGGGCUUAUCGGCCAACGAUGCGCUUUUGGCUCUUUUCUGGAGAGCUCUGAUGAAAGCGCGUUACAAAGCCGCCAUCGCUGCGGGACAAACAACACCUCCGGAUGAGAUAUCAUAUCUUGAAUCACCGGUUGAUGGCAGGCCGGACUUUGAUCCUGCUCUUCCCUCAUCUUAUGCCGGAAAUCUCGUCAUUGUGAACAAAGUUCCAAUGCCUGUCGUUGAGCUCGCUGCCCCGACAACGAGCCUUAGAGACGUCGCUCUCAGGAUUCGAUCACAGGCGGCCAAAGUAAGCCCGGAGCUUGUCAAGGAUGCAUUCACUCUUAUGCGGGAGGUGUCGGACUACACGAAGCUGAAGCACGCGUUUACGCGCCUGGAUGGCUUCGAUGUUAUGAUCACCUCUGUGCUCCUGUUGCCACUGGACAAGAUCAACUUCGGGGCCGAGAUUUUUGACAACGACGGCAAGCCGGAGUCGCUGCGUCCCUUGAUGGAUGCUUUCAAUGCCAACUUCAGGCUUUGCAUGGUUUUACCUAUGAAGAGUCAUGGCGGUAUCGAGUUGCUCGUUAGUCUUUUUGACGAUGAGAUGGAACAGUUAAUGAAGGAUGAAGAGUUUGCCGAAUUCGCGGCGUUUUGUUGUCAUUAA